AUGGCGAUCCUCUCGGCGCUCGCCACCGAGGUGUUCAUCCCCGUCGCCGCCGUCAUCGGCAUCGCCUUCGCCGUCGUGCAGUGGGUGAUCGUGUCGCGGGUGAAGCUCUCCCCGGCCGCGGCCGCCGCGUCCGGCGGCGGCGGCAAGAACGGCUACGGCGACUACCUCAUCGAGGAGGAGGAGGGGCUCAACGACCACAACGUCGUCGUCAAGUGCGCCGAGAUCCAGAACGCUAUCUCCGAAGGAGCAACAUCGUUUCUUUUCACUGACACGAAGAGCCAGCCCUGCACCUAUAGCAAGGACAAGUACUGCAAGCCUGCACUGUUCACUGCACUCUUUAGCACUGUGUCGUUCUUGCUUGGAGCCAUCACGUCUUUGGUAUCUGGUUUCCUUGGCAUGAAGAUUGCCACAUAUGCGAAUGCCAGAACUACCCUGGAAGCUAGGAAGGGUGUUGGCAAGGCUUUUAUCACUGCCUUCCGCUCUGGCGCUGUUAUGGGUUUCCUGCUUGCAUCAAGUGGGCUUGUGGUUCUGUACAUCACCAUUAAUGUAUUUAAGUUGUAUUACGGUGAUGACUGGGAGGGUCUUUUUGAGUCCAUCACUGGUUAUGGUCUUGGUGGGUCAUCCAUGGCUCUCUUCGGAAGAGUUGGUGGAGGCAUCUACACAAAGGCUGCUGAUGUUGGUGCCGAUCUUGUUGGAAAGGUCGAGAGGAACAUUCCUGAGGAUGAUCCUAGGAACCCAGCUGUGAUUGCUGAUAAUGUCGGUGACAAUGUUGGUGACAUUGCUGGAAUGGGAUCUGAUCUCUUUGGCUCUGUUGGUAUCAUCGUCUGCUUGAUCACCACCCUUUUUGCUACUGAUUUCUUUGAAGUCAAGUCUGUGAAGGAAAUUGAGCCUGCACUUAAGAAGCAGCUCAUCAUCUCCACCGUCCUGAUGACUGUUGGUAUUGCUGUAAUCAGCUGGUUGGCCCUUCCAGCUAAGUUCACCAUCUACAACUUCGGUACUCAGAAGGAGGUCUCCAACUGGGGCUUGUUCUUCUGUGUUGCAAUUGGUCUGUGGGCUGGUCUGAUUAUUGGUUUUGUCACAGAAUACUACACUAGCAAUGCGUACAGUCCUGUGCAAGAUGUCGCCGAUUCGUGCAGAACUGGUGCUGCCACUAAUGUCAUUUUUGGUCUCGCUCUUGGAUACAAGUCGGUUAUCAUCCCGAUUUUCGCUAUCGCUAUUAGCAUCUAUGUCAGUUUCUCCAUUGCUGCAAUGUACGGCAUCGCAGUUGCCGCUCUUGGUAUGCUGAGCACAAUCGCAACUGGUCUUGCUAUUGAUGCUUAUGGUCCCAUCAGUGACAAUGCUGGUGGUAUUGCUGAGAUGGCUGGAAUGAGCCACAGAAUCCGUGAGAGAACUGAUGCUCUUGAUGCUGCUGGCAACACAACUGCUGCUAUUGGAAAGGGAUUUGCCAUUGGUUCAGCUGCUCUUGUGUCCCUGGCGCUUUUUGGCGCCUUCGUCAGCAGAGCUGGAGUGACGGUUGUCGAUGUCCUCUCCCCGAAGGUUUUCAUUGGUUUGAUUGUUGGAGCCAUGCUUCCCUACUGGUUCUCUGCCAUGACCAUGAAGAGUGUUGGAAGUGCCGCCCUGAAGAUGGUGGAGGAGGUCCGCAGGCAGUUCAACACCAUUCCUGGGAUAAUGGAGGGAACUGCCAAGCCCGACUAUGCAACCUGUGUGAAGAUCUCCACUGAUGCUUCCAUCAAGGAGAUGAUUCCUCCGGGUGCUCUGGUCAUGCUCACUCCCCUCAUUGUUGGAACCCUCUUCGGUGUUGAGACUCUUUCUGGCGUUCUUGCUGGUGCCCUGGUUUCUGGAGUGCAGAUUGCCAUCUCUGCUUCCAACACCGGUGGUGCAUGGGACAAUGCCAAGAAGUACAUUGAGGCUGGUGCCAGCGAGCACGCGAGGACCCUUGGCCCCAAGGGAUCUGACUGCCACAAGGCUGCUGUGAUCGGUGACACCAUUGGUGACCCCCUGAAGGACACCUCGGGCCCGUCCCUCAACAUCCUCAUCAAGCUCAUGGCCGUGGAGUCCCUCGUGUUUGCCCCCUUCUUCGCCACCCAAGGUGGCAUUCUGUUCAAGUAUCUGUAA